ACCACGACUACGACCGCCGCCGACCAGGAUUACUCGGCUAGUGCUCAGUACGCAAACGGCCGCCGCCGCAGAUUGUCGUGUUUGUCGUGUCGAACGACGUUCGCACCGUGUCUGCUCCUCAUUUGCGUACACGAUAUAAAUAAUAAUAUUUUUCGAAAAACUCGCGAUUCGGAAUUUUUUUUUUUGCUCGCUACCACAUACCAUUCCCAAACCGACGCAGACGAUUUUCGACCAUGCGGCCGAUCUCCCGCCGUUGACCGCGGCGCGACUGAACUUUACCGCCCCCCACAACCAACCCCUCCAAGAUCCGUAUACCAUUUACCUCAAUCGCACCGUUUUGAAAAUAUCAUAGUAUAAUAUUAUUAUAUUCGAUUCCUGUUCGUUUUUUAGUAUUUUCGAUUUUAAAUUCGCGCACAUCACACGGCCAACGAAAAGAUGACCGCCACCAACGGAUUCAUCAUCGGCGAUGGUUCUUGGAAUCUGCAGAUCUACGUGUCCGAUCUGCAGGUGGAACGGACGCUGCGGGUUAAGGGCGAUCUCCACAUCGGAGGGGUCAUGCUCAGACUCGUCGAAGAUUUGGAUAUAGCCAUGGACUGGUCGGAUCACGCUCUCUGGUGGCCAAACCGUAACUCGUGGCUCACCAGGACCCGAUCGACGCUGGAUCAGUACGGAGUGCAAGCUGACGCUAAGCUGCAAUUCACCAGAAUGCACAAAACUGCACGCAUCCAGCUGCCCGACCUCCGGUACGUGGACAUGCGCGUGGACUUCUCAAUAAAAACAUUCAACGCCGUCAUACAGAUAUGCAAAGAGCUAAAUAUCAGACACCCAGAAGAAUUGUCUCUGAGCAAGCCCCUGGAAGCGUAUCACCUGAAGCACAACAUGAAGGAAAUGCAAUACAACGGCGGUCAAACGCCAUCGGCCGACACCAACUCGUUCGCUGUCAACAGCCACAGCCCGUCCGGCUCCACCGGAAGUCUGGACAUGACGUCUUCGCCGUUCAUAUGCGCUCCACUGAAACACCACUCUACGCCGAUCAGUUCGCCUUCGUCUCAAAAUGGCACCUGGAAGAAAGGAUACAGCAAACCGGAAAUGAACGGCAACGUAACGUCACUGGAAAUGUUGAACGGGUCCCUCGAUACGUCUUUGGCCAAUAGCCCACUUUCGCUGAAUCAAGAGGUGCGAAGCAAGGUCUUGAAACCAAAAUCGCUGGUCGAAAAAGCCAGAAUGAACGUGGCGUGGUUGGAUUCGUCGCUGUCGAUAAUGGAACAAGGCGUCAGGGAAUAUGACUUAUUGAAAUUGCGGUUCAAAUUUUAUUCUUUCUAUGAUUUGAAUCCCAGGCUAGAUUCUAUUCGUAUAAACCAAAUAUACGAACAAGCCAAAUGGAGUUUGUUGAGCGGUGAAAUCGAUUGUACCGAAGAGGAAGCUUUAAUGUUUGCCGCGCUACAAGUUCAAAUAAAUCUAAAAGCUAGUGUACCACAACCGCUUUUGGAGACAACAGGUGGAGAUGAUGAUAUCGAUGCUGCUCUGUCAGAUCUUCAAAUUACGCUUGAAGGGUUUCAGCCACAGAGCAAUGUCAACAAUUUGGCUCAUGCGCCAGAGUUGUCUGAUUACUUGAGAUUUUUGAAGCCAAAAAAAUUCACGCUGAAAGCGUUUAAACGGUAUUGGUUUACAUGCCGAGAUUUGCAUUUGAGAAUGUACAAAACGGCGGAAGACGCAGAAGUCGGCGCACUGCCCGUGCACAGUGUCAGUCUCAAGGGAUGUGAGGUGACACCGGACGUGAAUAUUUCACAGAAUAAAUUCGGUAUAAAGCUGGAAGUGCCCAGUUCAGAUGGCAUGACCGAAAUGUGUAUUCGAUGCGAGAGCGAAGAGCAGUACGCCAGAUGGAUGGCUGCUUGUAGACUGGCAGCCAAAGGACGGCCGUUGUCCGAUCAUUCUUACGAAUCCGAGGUCAAAUCGAUCAAAGCUUUCCUCGAGAUGCAACAUCCAUCGAUCAUCCAGUCACCCAUCAUUAGCCCGUCGAUGUUGGACAUAUCGGUCGAGGACUAUAUACCGCACAGGUUUUCCAGAAAACUCAAGGGAAAGCUGGUCCAGCGCAUACUCGAAGCACACGCCAACCUCAAGGAACUGACUUUGAUGGAGGCCAAGAUGAACUACAUCAAAGCGUGGCAGUCGUUGCCCGAGUUCGGCAUCUCACUGUUCGUCGUCAAGUUCAUGGGCCACAAGAAAGAAGAGCUGCUGGGCAUAGCGUACAAUCGUUUGAUGCGCAUGGACAUCGCGACCGGCGAUCACAUAAAAACAUGGAGAUAUAACACCAUGAAGGCGUGGAACAUCAACUGGGAAGUCAAACACAUGAUGGUGCAGUUCGAAGAGGGCAACAUAAUAUUCGCCUGCCAGUCAGCUGACUGCAAGGUGAUACACGAAUUCAUCGGCGGUUAUAUAUUCUUGUCGAUGCGCUCCAAAGAGGUGAACCAAACCCUGAACGAGGAGCUGUUCCACAAACUGACCGGUGGCUGGUCAUAACGUGUCACAUUUGCAGAACGUGUCGUCGGACGGCGUAGGGCGAGAUGACGACUAUCGUAAUAUUCGUCUCCCUCCUAACCUCAACGAAACAAUCGAACAAACGAGAUAGAUGGAAAUCGAAAAUGAUGUACAUAUUACGCAUAAUAUAUAUAUUUAUUUAUUUCACCCCAAAUUUAGCCGGCUACCGUAAUGUGUAGUGGCAGGUUUUGGGGGGCGAUGUACGUCAAAGAGGAGGUCCGUUUGUUUCCUUGUUUACAUUUUUUUUUUUUUUUUGUAAAUUAUUAUAACAAAGUGCGUUAAUAUGUUGUUUGCCCGUUUAUUGAUAUAACAUGUUUUAAACGAUUAUAUAUUGUUUAUUUUCGUUGCGUAAUAUUAAAAAAAAGUAUUAAAACAUUUAGUAGUAAGAAGUUAAUAUCAUAUUAUAAUAAUAUUAUGUCUAAAAUAACUACUAUACAAUUUUUAGUGUGUAGAAAUAGAGUUAUCAUAUUUUAUGUAAUAUAAUAAUUAUUAUAAAAUUCUAAUAAUAGGUUAAUGUUGUUAUGUAAAAUGUGCGCAGAUGCUGAAGGGUAGUGACGACGCGAAAUAUUUCUUCUGUUCGUAUGGCUUCUGUGUUAUUACUAAUAACUAAUAGUAAUAAUAAUAUUAUUGUUUAAGAAUAACAACAAAUUUACAACAUUCUACAAUAGUCGCUAUAAUAAUAUUAUUAUCUGUGUGUAAAAUAUGUAUUAUCAGAAUAAUGUUGAAUUAUUUUUAUUAAUUUUUAUGAAAAUAAUACGACAGACGUAGUUCGAUGUGAUAAUAAUAUUAUACACCAAGUUCGUUUUAUUGUGUAAGGUUAUCAACUUUUAUUUUUAUCACAAUUUUAAGUUAAACAUUAACUAACAGGGAUAUUAGGUUAAAGAUGUCUACCUACACAUUUCUGUUUUAUAUUCCUACGACAAAACCAUCGUACAC